AUGACAUUCGUUUUUUGCUCUCUGUUAGAACUUGCUUGGGUUGGUUAUUUGAGCCGAGAAGAAUUGGAUGCAUUAAAACCGGUAAUAGCAAAAAUAUCACCAACAGUACAACAGGAUGAUGAUAGCAUCAAGUUAGUAUAUCAUCAUCGUUAUGAAACUAAUUCUUUACUUCCUAGACGAAGGCCAGUGAAUGAAGAAGAGAAUGCCUUGAUAAGUUUUGCACGUGGUAAUGAUUAUGGUUACAUACCACCUGGUUAUGGUCUCAAUGAUCAUUUGAAAGCAACAGUAGCUUCAAUAGCUGGUCCAUGUAGUUGCUUACAACAAGAACCAAUACCAAAUACAAAAUCUUAUUCACCAAUUCCAACAUCGUCGUGUGAUCCCACUACACUUAUCAAACAAAGGGAGCAAGCAACACAGUAUAUUGAUAAGCUAUCAGCAAUAUUAUUUCCAACGUUAUUCAGUGUAUUUAAUAUUGCAUACUGGUAUCAUUACCUCAAGGAUUAA